UGAAUGUUUUGUGCUUAAUAGUGAUUUUAGUGAUUGAACCUUGUAACUCCACUGAAGAGUAACAAAAGUUUUGUAACAAUGUUGUGUUGAGAUUACACUCAUUACAGUAGCCCACUAAGUUUUACCACAACAAUACAAACCCUAUAUCACCCCACUGACUUUCCCCUGAGGUAAAGAAUAAGGAUUUCCCCCUGAGGUUAGACAAACAGUGGUGAUGUCAUAAUAGACUUACAAAAAGUCAUGGCCUCUGGAUCUAGUUCUAGUUCCAGCUCUGGUGGCUACGACUACCAGUUUGUGGAUGAGCCCUCUGAUGACCUCAAGUGUCUGAUUUGCCUGUGUGUGGCCAGGGACCCUCAACAACAUGGGGACGGGGGCUGUGGGAAAAUCUACUGUACUAGCUGUAUCGACAAGUAUAAGACGAGAAAUUACAAGUGCCCAAACUGUCGAAAAGUUAUAACUACCUUUAAAGAUGAAAGGAGUAAUAGGGACAUACAGUCAUUGAAAGUUAAAUGCACAAAUCGUACCGACGGCUGUCAGUGGAUGGGUGAGCUACGACAUGUGGACGAGCAUCUCAAGACAUGUGACUAUGUCAAGCUUGAAUGCCCUAAUGAGUGUACAACAGUUUAUCAAAGAAUGAAAUUGUUUCGUAAAAACCUCCAAAAACAUAUUGAUAACAAGUGCCCACGUCGUCAGCACAGCUGUCCCCACUGCCAGGAAAUUGGUGAGUACCAAGAUAUCACUAGAAAGCAUAUUAAGAUCUGUCCUAAGAUAAUCAUUGAGUGUUCCAAUGCUCCUCACUGCAAGAUAAGAUUUCCACGAGAAACUAAACAAACCCAUCUCUCCACCUGCCAGUAUCAAGUGGUUGCUUGCAAAUACAGUGAGUUUGGGUGCGAAAAGAUGCAAUUUCGAAAAGAUCUCCAAGAACACGAGAAUGACGACAAUACACACCUCCGUAUUGCCAUGACAACGGUACUGUCACUAAAGAAACAAUCCACCCUACUAAAUACACAGUUACAUUGCUCUAGCAUAAAGGACCAGCUAGGAGCUACUUCUAUCUUCAAGAUGCCCUCUUUUAAAGAGAAAAAAGAAAACAAUGACGAGUUUCUCAGCGAUCCAUUCUAUACCCACCCCAGAGGUUAUAAAAUGGUCAUUAACAUUGAUGCAAAUGGUAACGGGGAUAACAAAGGCACUCAUGUCUCAGUGUGGGUUUAUCUAAUGAGGGGAGAAUACGAUGAUCAACUCGAGUUCCCAUUCAAAGGCACUAUCAAGUUUGAGCUACUCAAUCAGCUGAAUGACAAGAACCAUUAUUGGGGGUCAUUCACGCAUGACGGUACACAAAAGAGUAGCAAGAGAGUAAUCGAUCGCGAGAGGUCUGACGAAGCACACGGUGUGCCUGCAUUCAUUCCUCACAGAGACCUACAUGUAGCAUACAACGCCAUCCAGUACCUCCAGGAUGAUUGUCUAGUGUUUCGAAUCUCCGUUGAUGUACCAUCCUACAAACCAUGGUUACAAUGCACCUAGCUAAUAAAUGCACACUAUUAAGUACCUAUCAAACUCGUUACAAUCAUAAUUAUGUGAUAACUAGAACGAAAGCUGAAUAUAUAGUUAACGUACAUCUUAAAUUGUUACAGUUAAUUUAACGUGUUGUUUGUAGACAACCAAAUAGUUUUUGUGAGUCUAGCGUAUGUGUUUGGACCUGUAUUAGCUUCAGCCAAUUUUGGCUUUACUAUAAUUAUGGCGAACCACUAUAGACAAGUUUCACUGCACCACAAUGUAGUACUUUAAUUGCAAGCAUCAACAUAAUAGACGAACUUUGCGAGUGCUAGUAGCUUUGCAAAAAUACUAGUAUUUUACCAGUAUUUAUAAUUAUUACACCACGGUCCUUAAUUUCUGUCCAUUUCUGCCUAUUUUUGGUUCAUUCGCUAAGGU